AUGUCAUCACAAGACUGCUUGAAAACAUCAAUUGGACUGUUACCACCUGUGUCACCAUCGCCUCAAUUAUUUUCAUCACAACAAAUUGAAAAAAAAAGUCUUCAACGCAUUGAAUCGAGUGUCAGUAUUGGCUCUUCUACGCAUACCGUUGUACAUCGUACAACAUCAUGGCGAUGGGUUAUUGUUUUCUCAUCGUUUUGUGUUCAUUUUGUUGCUGAUGGUGUUCUCUUUUCGUUCGGUAUUCUAAUGCAUAUGAUUAAAGAUGACCUUCAUAUUGCAUUGCAUACAGUUGGUAUUAUUGCAUCAUUAUUCAUUAGUUUACCUCUGCUUUUAGCACCACUAUCUAGUGCGUUAGUUAACAAAUGGGGAUGUCGACUAGUGACUAUGCUCGGUGGAUUUCUCUGUUCAGUAGGCUUAGUUUUCGCUUCAUUAACGGGGACUUUUUUCGGUGCUGUAGUUGGAAUUGGUAUAUUUUGUGGAGUUGGCCUAUCGUGUGUUUAUGUUCCUGCAGUAGUUAUAGUAGCACAUUAUUUUGAUGAAAAUCGUGCUAUUGCAACAGCUAUUGCUGUUGGUGGAACAGGUCUCGGAAAUGCUAUUGUUGCACAAGUUAUUCAUGCUUUAAAUGAUUAUUAUGAUGAUUGGCGAGAAACAACUUUAUUUUUGUCCGGAGUACUUUUUACAAUUGUUGGGUUCGGUGCACUUUUUCGACCUGUAGAAUUUUCAUUACCUCGUAAAAGUAAAGGUUUUCAUCAUGCAAUGCCUGAUACUGUUCGAAUAUCAAAAUUUAUGACUUCGGUGGAAAGAUUACAAUGCUUUAUACAAGGGAUGGAUAAACAACGUGCAUCAAAUCAAGCGAAUCAAAUCGUUAACAUAUCAAAGUCAAAUCAUGAAACAAAUAAAUUAGGUUUAUUUGAUUCAUAUUCAGCUGAUGAUAUUACAAAACUUAAAAAUGGAUCAAUUGAUAAUGUUGUUGUGCAAACAUGUCACGAAGAAAUGUCUAAAAUUAAAAUUUCUUAUGCACGGAGAAGUCAAACAGAAAAUAAUCCAAGUGAUGCAAAAAUAGGUUCCAUACAAUUUUUUUCUACUCAUUUUCUUCCUGUUGAACAAGAUACUGAAUUAUUAGAAGUAUAUAAUCAACCAUUAAGUCAAAAAGAUAUUUUCUAUCGCGGAAAUGUACCAUCAAAACUUGGACAUUCAUCAAGAAAAAGUUGUCCAAAUUUACUUCAAUAUUAUGUUUAUGAAGAAUCAUUAGCCACGAUAUCUGAUGAUGAUGAUGAUGAUGAUGAUAAUGGUGAUGCUGUGGAUUCAAUUCAUAGCCAUCAUAAACACAUGUUAUUCUAUCACAAAGGUUUAUCAUUUCUUCAUACACUACGACGAAUGUUAGGCUUACAGCUAUUUUGCGAUUAUCGUUAUUUAAUUUUCUUUAUAUCGCAAUUUUUAUUUUAUUUAUUUUAUGAUUUAGUUUAUCUUUUUCCAAUCGAUUACGGUGAAUCAGUCAUUGGUUAUUCAAAAAAACAAAUGACUAUGUUAGUUACUGUACUUGGUUUCGGACAAUUUUUUGGACAAAUCAUGUUUGGACUUUUAGCAAACUAUUCGCGUAUAAAUGAAUUAAUACUUUAUGAUGUUGGUGCGGCACUCUGUGGACUUGCUAGUUUGCUUAUACCAUUUGUUGUGUAUUCAUAUCCUGCAUUAAUUAUGAUAAUUCUACUUUUUGGGCUUUCAAUAUCAGCUAAUUAUGCAUUAACAUCAGUUAUUCUCGCCAAUAUGUGUGGUUUAGAAUUAUUAACAUCCGCUUAUGGGCUCAUUUUACUUGGACAAGGCGUAUCAUCAUUAUCCGGCCCAAUUAUUGGAGGUUUGAUUGCCGAAAAAUAUGGUUAUAAAUCAUCAUUAAUCCUAGCUGGUAUAUGUAUGGGUCUAUCUGGAAUUGUAACAUUAAUGAUACCUUUAAUUCAACGAUUACGUAAUAAUCAAGAAGAUAAAAAUAAUGAAAAAACGAUUAAAACAAGUACCACGACGAGUAGAUUAGAUCAUUUCGGUUGA